UAAUUUGAUAGCGUGACCCCGGAAUUACAUCAAAAGUUUGAGUUCAUCUCCCGCUCGACGAAGCAACGCUUGUCAUGUUACCAUAGCAAUGGACAUUAGCCAACAUGAGAGGAUAUUCAUAUGUUUUCAGGCAUCAGCACGUGGAUACCUGGUGAGAAACGAAAUCCGCCGUGCGCGAGAAGACUUUGAGGACAUCGUGAAAGAAAUAGAUGGAGGCUUGACCCAUUUACAGUGGAGGCAGGCGGUUAUCCCCAUUCCCCACUUCACAGCCACUGAUGGCCCAUUUCUACAACCCAGCAGCUCUGCCAGCAAACCUUCAAAUCCAGGAGAAAUCCAGAGCCCAUCAUCAUCAUCAUCAUCAUCAUCAUCAUCAGCUCCGUUAUCAGAAGAGAGAGGAGAUCAUUGUGUCCUGCCAGAGAAGACAGAAGCAGAGAGAGAUGAUUCCCAAACCAAAGGACAGCCGUCUCUUUCUCAGGACUAUUUCCACAGCAGCAGUGUAAGAGAUGAAGAAGAGGGACAGAAAGAAAGCACCGUGGAGGAGAGAGAUGGAGACUCCACCACUGUUUGGAGCAGUGUGGAGCUGGACAUGAACUCUGGUCACUCUCACAAAGGUCCUCAGCAGUACUGCCUGGCUCAGGAGGUGCCCCGAACCCCAGAGGCCUUGCGUCUCCAUAGAAACACCCUGACCAUGGAGCUGGUCUGGCUCCAGCAGGCCAUUGACAGCAGGAAAAAGUACUUGUUACUAAAAGAGAAGCUGAGCACCUCCUAACAGCAGAAGUAAUCUGAACCGGACCUGAUAAUGUGGGACUGAAGACCUGACUGCUGUCAAUCGACUGAGCUCACUCAUAUGGGCGUAGGUUUCGUUUCGUGAUUUAGGUUAGGUCUAACAGGAAAUUUUAAGCUUCAAUCAUAUAAUUUCCGGAAUUCUGGUGAAUUUUUAUGUACCAUUUUGUGCCUUUACUGCAUCAAUUUAAGAUUUAAAUAUCAUUAGUUACAUCUAAAUAAAAGCGUCUGCAACUUUAAUAUUUUUAUUGUGUGGGACAAAUACACAUUAUAGAUACUGAGGGUGAUGUGUCCCCUGCGUCACCCCUGAAAUCUACUCUUAUGCUCGCUCAAUUAUUUCUCACUAUUUGAUACAUGUACAAAAAAACAUCUCAGUGGUAUUUAUCAUGUGUUUGACAAAACCUGUACAUUGUGUGUUAUUUUAUAAUAUGAAAAAAAAGAAUAAAUUUUAUUUUUGAUAAAGUCUUUCUCUGCUGAUGUUGCCUCUUUUCUUAUUUCGCUGAUAUCGGUAUCAUAACAUAACUUGUGAGAGGGAGAGGUAGCUGUUCAGGAAGAAGGUUCAGUCAGAGGGAUGUAGAGGAGGUACUUUGGCUCCAAACAAGUUUGUGUUGUGACUCACAGCAGCUCAAAUUUCCAAUUUGUAUUACAAUGAAUGAGCUCUCA